CACGGCAACAUACCUCCAGCAACCGGACUGCCCACAGCCCUGCCGCUGCCAUCCACCCGCUGCUGCUUCAGGACUGCAGCGGUUAAAAGCCGCACCGAAGAGCUGCAAUGCCGGCAGACUUGAAUGAUUUGUUAGACGAAGUAAAGAAUACGCCCCCUAAGCACACUUUGGGCUAAAAAUGGACAACUCCUUUGUGGAAGAAGUGGCUGCAUCACUGGUGAGAGAAUUUCUCAGUAGAAAGGGUUUGAAGAAAACCAUCACUACCAUGGACCGAGAGCUUCCACGUUCUGCACUUAGCAUCAAUAACAGGAAUGAACUUCGAAAUGUCCUACAUCUGCACUCCUUGUACAAACAGAACAAGGCCAAGGAGAACCCACUGAAAACUCUUCUUGAAAUUAUUACUAAUUACUUCCUUGAGCACCGUGGGACUUCCAGAAGCAUCAGUUCAAGUUCUGCUCUGUCAAUUCCUCAAAGUAAGAGCUCAACAUCUCAUCCACCUGACUUCUUGGAUGAAGAUCAUGUGCGUGGGAGUGCCACUGUGCUUGAUGAAAGCGAAACUCAAGCCUACAGAUAUGAUGUUGAGAAUCCACUAGAUAAAAUCCUUCCAUCCAGAAAACAUCAGCACAAAAGUGAAAAAUGCCACACAGGGACAAUACACAACAGCCACUUACCCUCUGAUGGGGAUAAGAAGUUAAAAGGUAGUCAAGAAGAUUUAAAAGCAGCAACGAUUUCUGAGGAGCUGAAAUCCACCAUGAAGGAGAAGCCAAGGCCCAGGUCUGGUCUCAUUGUCAGAGGAAUGAUGGCUGGACCAGUAGCAAGUUCACCAGAGGACCUGCAAAAAAGGAGGCUUCCAAAACGAUCCACUAGCAUAAGCGGCACAGCACAGUUCAAGGGUGAAGAACAUGAAGAAAAUGAGCUGAGUGUCCCAAGUACUGAUUUUCAAGAAAGCAAAGGAUCUUCAACACAAGUAAGUAAGGAGUUUGCAUCAAAGACUAUGUCAAGCUCACACACAAGUUCAGCCUCUGAAAAACUAAGAAACAUCCCCAAAGAUACAGAUGACUCUUUUGCCAAACUGCUGUCUGAAAGAGAGAGGACCAAGACAGAAGAAAGAAAAUCAGUUCCAAGCUUUGGUACAGACAGAAGUGAAAAAAGCCUUAAAGUGAGCGCCCCUCACAGACAUUCAGGGGCUGGAAGAGAGAAGAGAGAAAGAUCCCUCAAGAAAAAUGAGAGUCGGUUGUCAGGCCACAGGAAGUCUCCCACAUCCACUUACUGUAAAGAAGACCAGACGAAAGAUGUCCUAGAAUUAGUUGAUGUUGAGGAUGAAGAAACAACUGAAGAAGUUAGUAAGAACCCAGAUCUUUCAACACUGUAUAUGCUUCAAGUAGUACCAAAGGCAAUUGAUAUUUCUCUUGCAAAAGAAUUAAAAAAUCUUUUGUUUGGCUCUAGUCUUUGUUGCUUCAGUGAAGAAUGGAAAAUACAGAGUUUUACUUUUAAUAACAUACCACAGUUAAAAUACGGCAUUGUGCAAAAAAAGGGUGGCCCAUGUGGAGUACUGGCUGCAGUUCAAGCUUGUGUCCUACAACAGCUUAUCUUUGCAGACAGUAACAGGAAUAAAGACACUCGUUGUCUUCAGCCCUCAGAAGUACACAGGACCAAAUGCCUCACCAUGGCUAUUGCAGACAUAUUGUGGCGUGCAGGAGGCAAUGAAAAAGCAAUUGUGGCACUGCCAUCAGGAAGACAGCAGUUCACUCCCAUAGGAAAAUACAAGGCAGAUGGAAUCUUAGAAACUCUAAUACUACAUAGUGCCACAAGAUACGAAGAUCUGAUUGUAUUUCUUCAGCAAAAUAUUCAUCAGUUUGAAAUUGGUCCCUGUGGGUGCAUCCUUCUGACUGUGUCUGUCAUCUUAUCAAGAUCUAUCAAUCUGGUGCGCAAUGAUUUUGAUGUACUUACAAACCGAUUGAUUGGCAGCCAUGGCUAUUGUACUCAGGAAUUGGUGAACUUGCUUUUGACUGGCAAAGCUGUGUCCAAUGUUUUCAACAAUGUGAUAGAGCUGGACUCUGGAAAUGGCAAUAUCACAAUAUUGAAAGGUAUCACAAGCCACAGUGAUAUUGGUUUGCUGUCUCUCUUCGAGCACUAUGAUGUUUGUCAGGUUGGUUGUUACUUGAAGACCCCUAAGUAUCCAAUUUGGUUAGUAUGCAGCGAAAGCCACUUCAGUGUGCUUUUUUGUUUGGAAAAGGAUUUACUAGGUGACUGGAAAACAGAGCGGAGAUUUGAUCUAUAUUAUUAUGAUGGCUUGGCCAACCAGGAAGAAGAAAUACGGUUAACAGUUGACACAACUCAGAUGUGCACUGAAGAUAAAGAAAAUGACCUUACUCCUCCACUUGAGCACUGUAUUAGGACAAAGUGGCAAGGAGCUGUUAUUGACUGGAAUGGCACAGAACCAAUAUUGUGACUGACCUGACCUGCACUUUAUUUGUAAAGACAAAAAGGAAAUGACUGAAUUAGCACAUUCCUAUUCCCACCAAUACAGGAAAUAGGACAAGAGUUGUGCAGUUUACGGUGAGGAAGAAUGGCAUGGUUUCCAGGCUGGAAGAGUUUCACCUCAAUCACCUCGUGCUUCAGAUAUUUUGCUUAUAAUAUAAACAACACUUACGUAAAUUCCUUGUCACUGCCUUUAACAUACAGCUUCUGAGAGUAGACUCAGAUUCCACUACCAAAUCAAGGUUACAGAUGAAGCAGUGAAGUUGUCAACGUCCCCUUGAGGUCUCUUUCUGGAUCCACUCUGUAUCCUGCAAUUGUUUCAAAGCAUCUGAUGAAAGAAGCUGAACCCAGAUUUCUGUCACUGUACAUGCCUUCUCUCUACUGCUUAGUUCUUCACCUACAAAACUCCAGUGCAAGUAUAAAAUAUCAUCCAAGAAAUAUAUAUUCACUUCUUUACCUGAUAUUAGUAAGUCUCGUUUUGCACUAAACAGGUUGGUGACCAUAUGGACUUUUCAGAUAAAGCCUGACCUAUACAAAGUUCUUGUGUCAUAAAAUUUGCAGUAAGGAUUGUGGUUUUGUGUUAUGAGAAUAAUAACGCCAGUAUGUUCCUUAUACUGGGUGAAAUUGGUGUGUAACAGUGCCUCACACUAAUGUAGCACAUUUUUCUUUCUGGAUUAGAGAUAGCUCUAUCAGUAUCUUUACAUUUAUACCAUUGUAACUACUUAUACACUAAGGUUUAUUUACACCAAAGUGAUAGAUAAGAUCUGUGCUUUGCUUCUUCAUUACAAGAAAACAGAAGAGCUGUUAGAUUUGAAAUUUAAAUGGUGCCUAUCUGUGAUAGAUACCGUUUUUCGUGAUUAAAUAAAGUGCAUGUACUGAAAUGAUGUACUGUGGAUAUGUAUCAUGAGGUACUGAAACAGCAGUUUGUACGCUGAAAUGAAUUCAAGUGACAUAUUUUGGCAACACUUUACCAAAAUUGGAACAAGUUACUGAACUGAAGAUGGAAAAAAAUGCCUUGGAAAAAAGGCAGAAAAAUGGUGUUUCUAGAAUUAUUCCUCUCUCUUGAUAGUGAAUAAUUCAUGAGAGUUUAAUAGAGAACUUUUACUUUCUGAUAUUUAUCAUAGCACCUUCUUCCUAGUCAGUAUGCAAAUUCUUCUGAGUCCUGAUAAACUAAUUGCUCUUUCCAAAAUCAAUUUCCAACAAAAAUUCAAGGCCCUACUCUGUGUAGUGUGGAGACACCAAACUGACUAUGCAAAUACAAAUCUCGGGGAAUUAGCACUUGAGCUAGGUUUGGAAACCAGCCUGAAUAUAAGCCAUAACGGAGUACUAGAGAGGUUUAGAUAGUCUUUGAGUGAACAUCUGUCUCCCCCUUUUCUUCCCAUUCACAUCAAACUAGCUAUACGCCAUAAAGCAUCUCAGAGUUUCAGUUAUUUUAUUUAAUUCAGUGUAAUGUAUUUUGUUUGGUUUAGAUCAGAUAAGCAAACUUUUUUAAACUUUGUGAGAUUAAGAUCUCCCAUUCAGCCUCUGAGACAUAGGCAGCAUCAGAUCUGAGCUCAUUCCUGACUCUACUACAAGGUUGUUACAUGACCUUUGGCAAACCCUUUCAUCUUUGUGUACAUAGGCAUAUGUUUGUACUGUCAGCUAUAGGUGGACUCAAUACUGCCUUUAAGAUACACUCAUCGUCCAUACUUCAGGCAGUCCAGUUUCCCAGGAAGAGCUUGCCUCAGUGUGAGCUUCUGUGUUUCUGGGAGUGGGAGAUCAGGAACAGUCAAAGAUCCUAGAUCCAAAGCCUUUGUUCCUCUUGAAAUUUCUGUGAACUAUAGUCCACACUUUGUUUCAUGAAGCAAAUAUAGUUUGAUUUUCCCACCUACCUCACAGGGCAUCUAUGAUGUAAACUAAGAUUUUUUGCAGAAUGCAUUUGGACAGAAAAUAGUGUAGAGAUGAAAAAUGGUGGAAGAUUUUUGGAACCAGGUUUAACAAAAAAUUCCUUUCUGAAUUUUUCAGUCUAGUAAACCUACACCAUUUAAUUUAAAGCACUGCUUUAAAGUAUGUCAGUUUGGAGAUAACCUUCCACUCCCUGAUAGAAGAGCAGCAAAGAUUAAGUGUUUGUCUGGGGAAGGAGGGAGCUGCCUUGUGACAGGCCAGAUUUCAUCUGACUAAAAUAUGGAUGUCUGCAGUGCAUAUGUGUUCAGAGGAGCUGUUCUCCUCUGUUCAGAAGAGGGGACAUAUCAGGGUGUGAUGUGUCUUUGCUUUAGGAUGAGAAGAACUAUGCUGCAGCCUGUAGGAUGGUAAGUAAAAAUGGAGCCUGAGAGGAUUGCCUCAAAUGCAUUUCACCCAUGAAGUUGUAAGGAUUUUUCAGGGUGUAAGAAAGAGUAUAGUGGAUAGCGCUCGGAAAUAGAUUGUGGUUUAUGGUUUAUCUUGGAGGGUAAAUGAAGAUGAGGAGAGGCCCUGAAUUCUGACCAUCUUUGUAAAACAGGCUGUAAAGAACUUUGAGGCUCCUUCAUCACUGGUUAUGGAGAAUAGUUUUGUUGAAUCUCAGUUUCUGUGACAACAGAACCCCAGUGAGACAGAUCUUUCUUGCCUAUUAUCUGUCACUGUGUCCACGUAUAUUUGUUCUGCAAAGUCCACUGUCCACCUGUCAUCUAUAUAAGAUGAACUAACUCCAGAUUCACCUGUGCCCCCGCUCACAAAGGCAGAAAUAAAGCACUUGGACCACUUCACCAAACUGCCACUUGUGUAGGGUAAAUCCACCAAGGUGGAGCACUGAGAACCUCAGCAUUGCUAAGCUCCCUCCACCAUCCUUGACUGCUGGAGCCUAAAAGCUGCGUCUUCCUUCACCAGUGUUCAAUGCCAGUGUCAUUAUUAGGAAAAAAGAUGACUCUUGAGGUUUGCUAGGGCAGCCUUCCAUAAGGAAGAAAUGUGCAACCAGAACAUUAAUUUAGAUCUAGUUCUUCUCAGAAAAAUGCCACAGUGUUACCUCGAUCACUGUUUGCAUCAAGAAGAAGACCUGUGUAUUUUUAUUUGAUAUAAAGCACCAGAAGUUAUUUCCCUUAAGACAUUACAGGGCUUUUUGAGUCAAUCAGACAAGGCAAUGCAAAAUGUUAUACGGCAAUGCAACCUUUGCACAGAUCUGUGUAGAAUCAUAUCCUGUUCCAGCAGCACGCAUCUAUUUUUUUUAAUUAUGUUUUCCUCUUCAUUGUUUCUUAUUUUCUUUUUCGUUACCCAAUGAAUGUGACUUCCUGAAAUGAACAAAACAGCAACCGUUUGAUAAUCGAGCAUUAAAAGACACCUGUGACGUUGGCACUUGGUCUGCAUGAUGUCUUAAUUUCAUUCUCUCUUCUUCUGUGGCAUAAAAAAAAUACACCCUCUGCUGAAAAUUGGCCCCUUCGCUAACAACAGACAUGGCAUAUUGUGUAUGUAGAUGAAUAUGUAAGCAGAGGUACUAUUCUGGUAAGGUGUCAUAUGUCACUUUUGUACAAAAUGUAUAUUUAACUUUGUCUUGUACAGAAUGUCGCAUACAAAUAAAACAUUUAAAGCAAUGGUAA